CCAGUUCUCUAGCAGUCGGUCUAGAAGUCAGGUGUUCCUGGCGGUAGGUAAAAAACAAACGGUGUUAUGAGAAUAUCUAUAAUGAAAAUACUGUUGGCAAUAGUGCAGUCGUCGUUAAUUCUAGUUUCCGUCUCGUCUGAAAGUAUAUAUGAAGAUAACGCUUCUGAAUAUGAGGGAGCACAGCUUUUUAAAAUAGAAAGAUCUCCAUUUGUAACGAAUAUGCUGAAGGAGAAAAACUUGGAUUUAUGGAGAUCGAACAGUACAUUUCAUGAUGUAUUAGUAGAAAAAGACAAAGUAGAGGAAGUUAAGCUGUUACUAUAUUCACAAGAAAUAAUUUAUACUGUGAUGGACACAAAUUUGGCGACAACGAUCCGGAAUAAUAACGUUCCACUCAACGAAACUACUAUGCGACGUUUAAAAAAUAUUAUGAUCCCCACAUUCAGACACUACCAAACAGUCGAGGCAAUUCAUGCUUACUUGGAUCACUUGGCCAGCAAGUAUCCUGAAAUAGCCACCGUCGGAAUUAUGGGUUACUCGUCCCAGAAAAAACCUCUCAAAUAUAUCAAAAUUUCUUCAGGAAAAGAGAAUGCGAAGGUAUUCGUUAUUGACGCAGGUAUUCACGCUAGGGAAUGGGUUGCUCCCGCAGCGGCCACCUUUAUAAUUAAGCAACUCGUAGUAAAUCGCAAGAAAUUGCCAAAAGCACUGUUAUCCCUUGACUUCUAUGUUCUUCCUACUUUCAAUCCUGACGGAUACGAAUAUUCCUACCUAAAAAAACGAUUAUGGAGGAAGAAUAGAAGUAAGAAUGACUGUGGUUUUGGUGCAGACAUAAAUAGGAAUUUCGAUGUUGGAUUUGGUGGCAAAGGGACAAACAGCAACCCCUGUUCAGAUAUUUACCCUGGAAAGAGCCCUCACUCAGAACCAGAAACGCAAGCAUUCAUGAAAUUCAUAAAUGACCUCAAAAAUAAUCUGAGCGCCUACGUUACAUUUCAUAGCUACGGUCAAUAUAUCUUAAUACCCUUUGGCUAUGACCUCAACUCUCUCGCACCAGACUAUGAUGAAAUGGAAAGGGUCGGUACAAUAGCUGCAUCAGCGAUAAAAAAAUUAGAUGGAAAAACUUACCAGGUUGGAAAUACGGCAAUGUUAUUAUAUCCAGCAGCAGGUGGAUCGGACGACUGGGUCAAAACCGCCACUAAAGCGAAAUACGUCUACACAAUUGAGUUGAGGGAUGAGGGUGAACACGGUUUUAUUCUACCAGAAGAAUAUAUCCUCCCGACUGUGAGAGAAGCAUUUACAGCCAUCAAGGUUAUAGCAACUGCAGCUUAUAGAAACGAAUAAAAAUGAUAAUACGCUUCCAUCAUAGAUUUUAAUUAAUGUAAUAAAGUCGUUGCUACUUA